CAGACUAUGCUGCACCCGCAAGUUGCGUAUGGAGGGCGCCCCCUUUGGUGAAUAGCUGAGCGAUAUUAUGCCCUUGCACCCUGCAACAACAGCGCACCGCUAACUGGCUUGGUUAUCUUCAGGUGCACGGCACCGCUUACACAGUUGGCUUUUCACCCACAUGAACACUGUUAAAUCUCUCUGAUUGAAGAAUCGAGACCAGGCCUUAUCAAGGGUUCUUGCAAAACCAAGGCGGUAUUUUCAGUGAUACCAAGGUACUUCAUUUCGUUAACUGGGGCACAUUUCUCCAAGCAAACAGCAAAGAACAGAGCUCCAUAUGCUCCUAGUUCUCCAUCUAAUGUCGAUUGCAUGAACCAAGUCUAUCGUACCGAAUCUUGACCUUGUCAGCGUUGCCGGUGCAUGCUGUGCGAACGGUUUGCACGACGAUCAGUGCGCACGCGAGCAGAUUCCCUUCAUUCAGCAGAACUCGAACCAGAUCAUUGUUGAAGCCUAAAAAUUAUGCUGUCUGCCGUUCGUGUUCCGUCACACCGCAAGACCCGCAGUGUAGAUACGUACCAUUCUACUCUCCUACCGACAAGUGGGUGUGCGUGUAAAAUUGUACCUGCAGUCAUGGCAGUCGGUCUGUGCAUGGUCUCUGUGUGUGACUGAUUCUCUGCUUGUCGAGCUAGUGUGCGUGUAGAUAAUUAUCAGCGGACACGUGUCUGUACGCCCUGAGGGAGGCUCCAAUGAAGUUCUGACGCUGAUCGUUGGUGAGUAAGGUGCAUAAUUUAUAUGAUGGUGAUGCGCUCAUCAGCCUAUAGAGUAUUGACAAAUGGCAGUACAGAUACUGAACCAUCUAGAUCUUGAUCGCCACAAGCUUGAACAGAUAAUGCGGAUGUUAAAGUUUUCCUUCGCUUUCCUAGUGACAUUUGCUGUAGUGAUGUUCUACUACAUUUGGAUCACGGACAAGUACAGCACCGGUGAUGUCUUCUCACAACCAUCUCUGGGGAAAGUCGUCAGUAAUGAAAUUGAGACCAGACAAUUCUCAUCCACUAUAAAAUUCACAUCUCAAAACCUACAAGUUCAGUUUGUCACUGAAAACAACGGCAGCGAUACAUUGAAAGACAGAAGUGAGGUUGCGUCACGAGACCCAGUAAGACCGUUGAUCAAUCUAGACCUGCAAGAUGUGGAUGUGGAGGAGCUGUCCCGCAGACUGGUAGUGGUGACGGCUUUCUCGGAGAAUCACCGCCUGGAAGUGAUGGGUAUGAUCGGUACAGUGCAGAACCACAUGCCCGCCACGAGAGUCAUCGCCUACGAUCUCGGCAUCGACCCCAGAUAUUUAUCCAAAUUGAGGAGAUUAUGUAACCUCGAGGUUCGACCCUUCGAGUUCCACAGAUACCCUUCACAUGUGUCCGUGCUCAUGAAAUUCGCCUGGAAACCGAUCAUUAUAAAGGAAGCCUUGAAUGAAUUCGGUGUCAUUUUCUGGGCAGACGCCUCUGUCAGGUUCCAAGACUCUUUAAUAACGUUGCUGCCAUUUGCCAAGGAACAUCACGGCUAUUUUUCGAAAAUACACAGCUACACCCCGCUGAGUGCAGGGUCUUUGUCUGCUCCUGCUCUCCACAAUUUCUUCCUCACUCAUCGCAAAAUGUUUGCUUACUUCGGCAUAAAGAGAAAACGCUACGCAAAAUCCCCAAAUACACCCCACGUUGCCGCCAAUCGGCAGCUGGUAAUCAAUAGCACGACCGUUCAGGAAAAAGUUAUUAAACCCCUCUACGCAUGUGCAAUGGAUGAGAAUUGCAUUGGUCCUCCCGGGGCGGUGCGCGGGAACCACAUGUUCGACGCUUCGGCGCUCCUGCUCAUCUUUUAUAAGUACUGGCCUAGAGAGUUUAAUAGAGAUAACGACCACGUGGCUGACAUGGACAGAGUUACGAGGAUGCACCGUGAAUCGGAUGACUGGAGCCAGGCUAAAUUGUGUGAGGUUUAGAGUCCCACCUCACCUUAUCUCCAGCUGGCUAGCACUUUCAUCGUUUAAACUCAAAACGAAUAGAGACAAUCACUUCGUGGCUGACAUGGACAGAGUCUAGUCACGAGGAUACAGCGUAAAUCGCAGUCAAGUUCUGCUAGAUUUUUCUCAGAUUGUUCAUCGCACGGCGCGCAGGCAGGGUGCAAACUGCUGCAACACUGAGAUGCAGUUCUUAAAGGGAGGAAUUUCAAAAGUGUUCGCUUAGUAUUGGCAACAAGCUGUUUGCGUUUCUGUACUUACCAAGCAUAUCUCACUGGCAAUCAAAAAAGGACCUAAAACCCCCUAAAAAACCAGCAUGAGUGCAUGAUCGGAGGUAACAUUUGGGAAACAGAAACAGACAACCCUGUCGCUGCCCUUGAAUGGUUGAAUAGCAUCUGUAAUUAAAAUAUUGUAAAACUCAGUUCUUCGUGAAAAGUUAGUUGUCUUGCACGUAUGCAUAGUGGUUGAAAACACACCAAAAAAACCAGUGUCGAAGAAAUAGGGCUGACCCAUGUUUCAUGUAAACAGUAUCGCAAUAAGUGUCGGAAAGAGAGUGAAUUAAUUCCAAGUUAACCCUGGGAAAAGUAGAAUAUUGUAAUUUUUUCAUGGCCCUCUGAUUCUUUUGGCUGAGUGGUGUUCAGCCCUGCAGUAAUAAUAUGAUGAUUUCUACAAUAGGAAGAUUUUUUUCGUUUAUUUGUGAACAAAAAUUACAUGAUUUUCAUGAGCAUUUUCGUUUGUUAAAUGUGUUUGAAAUGAAACUGUCCAUGCUGCCGAAAAUUAUUGGGCAAAGUGUGCCAAAAACAAUUUUAGAAUACAUGACCUAUGCAUCAUAAUACUCACGGGGAUGCAACCCUCUUUGUUAAUUGAAGGGUGUCUCAUAAUAAUUAUUCCUUAUGAGAAUUUCCAUAUCUAAAUCAAAACACAUGGAGUGGUGAAACUUUUGACAUUUUUUUCGGGGCGGAUAGAGGGUUGUUCUGAAUGGGGGAACUUUGAAAAGUUUUCUUUGUAGCGUUUUGCGGCCUUUCUGAGCAAUGAGACUACAUUUCGGGGCUUUUUACAAGCUUUUGGAAGGAAAAGAAACGAAACAGACCACAAAAUGCCUUUCUCUCAUAAAAAAAAACCUGAUUCCUUGAGCUGGGGCCCAGGCAGGAAGGAGGUGCAUGGCCCUCAUUUCCUCCAUCCUGGACCUGCCAGUCGCUCUUGCGUACUCGUUUUCCAGAUCAGGGUUUGCUGUCAGUUGUGCCUGUACCGGCGUAUGGGAGUGGAGUGGGGGGACCACAAUCGUCAGAUUGCCCGGUCAUGGAAAAUUUGGAGGCCUUAAGGCCUCACAUCAGUAACGACAAAACGUUGUACGUUUUGCUCCUCGUUUACAUGUAAAGAUAUAGGUCCUAAUUAUGUAAUACAUCCCGGUGGUUGUAAUAUUAAAAACCUUCAAAAGCACAUCUUGUCACCAAAAUGGGUAUGUGGGAGGGGGUUGAUGAUCAAAUGGCCCUCUGGUCAGACAGUGGGUGGUAUGUAUAUAUAUCUUCCCCACCCUCGGGGUUAUACGCCUCUGCUCUCUAUUAAGUGCGGAUUUCUUUUGUUUCUGUUUCAGUCAUCAUUGAUCAGUGAAUACAAAAAAAUCGGUCAGGUACGUCCAUAAUAACUGGGCGGUGCUUGCGUCAGCUGACAAGUACACACGGGACGCGGCGGUCUUUGGGAACCGUCAGUCAGUUCUCACCCCAUUGGCCAAACGAUAUGCGAUGGUCAAAGUAAAGCAAAUAUUGACAUAAAAGACUUAAACCUAAAAGAGGCGGGGGGCCGAUUUCUUCCCCCGACAUUUUUCAGAUAUCUCCUCAGUGUAUUUUUUUCAGGAUCUGAGCCUUUAGGGGAUUUUAGAGUAACUCCUUGCGGUCAUUUUAACACUAAUUUUGUGAAAAUUGAACCGACCGUACUUACGUAGUGCCAAUUUUUCCCGAGACGGGUCAGCCAAAAAUGUAUACUUUUUCCACAUUGCAUGCGGGCUGGCACGCGUGUAGCCCUGAACUUCAAAUGACCGUAACAACAAAACCUUUCGUCUGGUUGACUUCAAACUUCAAAGUUGUAAAGCUUUUACAUUAGUUUCGUUGUGCGCUGGUUUUUGUAUCAGUCAUGCGUGCAGUGUUAAAUCCGUCAGUCCAUAUUCAUUGCCACCGUGGCAUUUUCAUUAACACAAUUUUUGUACCAACACGAAACGAAAUUUGUUUGCUUUUUGUUUGACAACUUUUCACCUUCAAGCAAAGUAAUUUAAGGUCCUGUAACUCCCCUUCACAGGUUGAAUUCACGUUCUGGCCUUGAUAAUCAUUAACCCACACUAGACAUUAAUAUUUUCCAAUUAUCAGCAAACGACUAUGCGUAGAAUUACUUUGUCUUUUGACGUGGUUUUCGUGGUGUGAUUUUGCAACUCACUUAAAACCUGUAUCAGAGGAGAGACCUUUUUAGGUUAUUGGAUUCAAUCCAAUCACCUUUUUGAAAUCGUACGAUUCCAUCUUUCUCAUUUUAUCGGGACUAAUUGCAAGUCCCAAUUUUUAAACGUGGUACAACGCAUAAACUGGAAAGUUGGUAUGAACAUCAACCCUGAUGACGUCAAGUUCUAUUUUGUUUUUGUUUUCUUUUUCGGUGGAUAUGGUAUACUAGUUUCAGUGUAACAGCCGUAAUAAAUUAGCAUCCUCCUCCUACCUUCUGAUGAUACGUGUCCUGUUUUGAGUGUUUUGUGCUUAACUCAGCCAGAAACAGUCGUUUUCCCUGAGCUACAUUUGGGUUUAUAAUUCAAACACGAACCAUAGAUUAUUUAAAAACGACAAUGUAACAUUAUUAGAGCGCUUGCAACUGUCAAAAAAUUAUGAAUAUUCUACAGAAGUGGAAAUUCGUUUGGAAAUUCAAUUAACUAAAAUGAGCAUUCUUUUAUUUUCCUACUAGUACUUAUACAGAAUUUUUUUCAGAUUUAUAACGUGCAAAACUGGCUUUUCUGUAUUAAUUGUUAAUGGGGAUAUCUCUGUUUCCAAUAGGGUAUCUGCAUUAUUAAUAGAGAUAUCUUGCAGGAUUAAAUGUCAACUAUGCACACCAUACAAGUUAAUGGCAAAAUCGUUGGCACCCAACAGACUUCCCAUCAGUGCGUUUUCAAGACAAGUGUGGCAUUAUCAGGGUUCGGGAAUAACGGGGAAUAUUCAUGAUCAUGGAGGUAUCAUAGAUUAUGACCCUUGCAGGGAUCAGAAUCCGUUCGAGGCGAUGAAGACAAUCAUAAAUAAUUUGUUGUAAGGUGCCUCUUGGGAAACAAGUGUCCAACUCUCAGUGUAUGUUUCCAGUCGAAUCGUGAUGGUAUGGCUGAGAGCCAGACUUAGUGUUCAAUAGCACGUAUGAAAUUACAUUUGUGUGAACAAACGAUAUCUUGAUUUAGCAUGUGCAUGGAAGAUGCGUCUUGGUGCAAUUGCUGCCUUUCCGAAAAAGUACCUCUUUUGAAACAAGGGUUGACAUUACCCCCACGAUAUUAAAUUUUUAAGUUGUUUUGAUUUAAUUUAAUAUUAAAUUUAAA